AUGUGUGGACUGAAGCCCCUUUGCGGCGGAUUCCAUUCAGGCACCUGGCUGGGAAUAGAUGCGGUGCAGUCUAUGAUGUCAACUCAGAGGUACCUCCGGUCGCAGUGUGACAUUCCAAAGGGCCAGCCCUGGUUGUCUGCUGCAACGGAAGCAGUACAUGGACGAGUUUUGCGUGGCACUUGCAAGACUAACAGAUUGAGUGCGGCUGGCAUAUGCCUUCCCCGGGAGAGAUCGUCAAAUGCACCAAUUUCCCCCUCUGGCUGCUCCUGCAGCAGGAGGCGGAGUAGGCAGCCAAGGGCCGAUCGCGGGCUGCCUCCCGCUCCCUCUGAAGCCCCAGCAGAGCUCCGCGGGUGGGGAGGCUCCCUCCCGGGCGCAGCAGCCGCCGCCUUCCGCCCGGAGCAGCUCGCCCGGCUGUCUCCUUUCUCCAGGGACCGGCUCUCCUGCCAAAAGGGGGCGAAUCCAAGAUGCCAGCCGGGAGACUUUGAUUCGCAUCCUUGCGCUCUUUCGGGGGGCUUUUCUUUCCCGUGUUUUAAAUCCACCAGCAUCCGCGCUUUUAAAACACCGCCACAAUUGGUCUUUGCAGACACGAGCGCACCCACGCCGCAGACUCGGGGAGAACGAAGCCAGACGCAGCCUCCCUUCCUGGGAAGAGGGGAGAUAACCAUGCGGAGCUGGACUCGCUUCUCCGCGCGCCCUCUCCUCUUCCUAGCCGCGGUCCUCCUCGCGGAGAGCUCCCAGCUGGACGGCGCGAAGAUGAACUCCAUCAAGUCCACCCUCGUGGGCGAGGCUCCGACGCAGGCCACCAACCGCUCGACCACUUUCCCCCAAGGACUGGCUCUGGGCAGCAGCAAGAAGGGCAAGAUCGUAGGCCCGGUGGGCAAAGGGCUGAAGCAUUACCACCGGCAAGGCGAGGCAUACCCUUGCACCAAUGACAAGGAAUGUGAAGUUGGGAAAUAUUGCCACAGUCCCCAUCAAGCAACAUCUGCCUGCAUGAUCUGUAGGAGGAAAAAGAAGCGUUGCCACAGAGAUGGCAUGUGCUGCCCUGGAAACCGCUGCAACAAUGGUAUUUGCAUACCAGUGACUGAAAGCAUUCUCACACCCCAUAUCCCGGCCCUGGAAGUACCUCGCAACAAGAAAAAUAAUAACUAUCCCACCAAGGACCUGGGCUGGCAGAAUAUAGGUAAAGGACAGUCCAAGCUGACACACUCAAAAGGUCGGGAAGGAGACCGCUGCCUCAGGUCCUCUGACUGUGCUGAGGGCUUUUGUUGUGCUCGCCAUUUCUGGACCAAAAUUUGCAAGCCUGUGUUGCAUCAGGGGGAGGUGUGCACCAAGCAGCGCAAGAAAGGCUCCCACGGCUUGGAGAUAUUCCAGAGAUGUGACUGUGCCAAAGGACUGUCCUGCAAAAUCUGGAAAGAUGCCACCUAUUCUUCUAAAGCCAGACUUCAUGUGUGCCAGAAGAUCUGAGGGAAUCUGGGAGAGUGCAAUGAACAGACUGUGAACCUGCGUUCGGGACGCAUCUCAGCAUGGCAAAGCAUGAGGAUUGUAAAUAAGAACAGACUGGCCCAUGGUUGGCAGGACUAAGCCUCCUCCUCAACAGAAUUACAUUUCUGCUCUGGGGCUGAAUGUGACGGCAGCUGGACUUUCUUCACGACACAGUGGCAUUCUGCCAGUGGUGCCAAACUUUUGCAGAAAAGCACAACUCCAAUGACGUCUUGACAGUUACCAUGCUCUGGGUAUGGCCCUGUGUCUUCUCAGCAUUAAUUGUGGUUAGGUUUUCCCAUUAUGAUUGUAAAAUAAAUGCUACACUACAUAUUUACAACACAAAGCAGUGCUUUGCUGAAAGACAUUUCUACCAACACAUUGUUAGGUAGUAGGGGAAAACAAAUCCGGUCAACCGAAGCUAUUAGAGGUAGAGGGAAAAGUGACUUUGAAUGUCUUUACCUGUUAACUUUACACAAUCCCUUGAAUGGAAAAGUACUUCUACUAAGUAAGAGUGCAAGACGUUGCAGGCUGCUGUGACAAAAGGAACAUCUCACUGCACAGUAAUUUUUUUUCAAGGCAGAAGUUGCCUCGAACAGAGGUGUUUAAGCAGGGCUGAUGAUCAUGUUUCACAUCUAAGUGUUUGGACUGCAAUGCCGUAAUCAUUUCAUCUUUAUUUACUUCAGCGAAUGGCUUCUAUUUGUCUCUGUUUACUGCUACUACAUGUUGGGCUAAUGUCAAACUGUCUAUGGAUGCAUCCAGAAUGGUAUAUAUUGAGCUGCUAGCAGUGUUCUCUGUAAGAGGGAUUCCCAGAUGUUGUUGACUACAACUCCCAUAAUCCCUAGUUGCAAUGGCCUUUGGCUGGGAAAUAUGAGAUUUGUAACCAACAACGUCUGGGAAUCCCUCGUACAGGGAACACUGGCUGCUAGUUGUGAGUACUGGGCUAUUUUGGGCUGCAUUGUGAACUCUUCUGCGUCUUUACCUCUAGAGGAGGCUGCCUAUAUCCACAGACUUAUAAUAUUACCAAAUAACAGUGUUAGUAUAACUUUUAGUACAGAACUUCUAUGGGAUUGGAGACAGUAAACUAGAAACAUAAUGCACCAAUGUCAAGCAAAUAAAUAAAAGAAAAGGUAUCAGGGUGGAUAUGGAGACGUGAUCUGUUUCUAGUAGAAUGACAUCAUGUGAUGAAAUAUUACAACUUGAAUUGGUGAACGCAUGUUCUUCUUUCAAAUGCAUGCUAGGGCUGUGGGUAGAGCAGCAUUUGCUCCUGGCUUUCCACUGACUGUAGGAGAUGACAAGGAUUGCUAUCACCGCAGCAGUAUUAAUAGACUGACAAAAAUGAAUGAUGACUUUUGCUGUUUGACCUUCUCCCCUAGCACCCCUGUAUUUUCUCUUAGUAUAUUCAGUUAGUUUUCAAAUGUGUUAUAUAUGUACGUAUCAGGGGGUGGGGGGUGGAAUUGAGUAGCCGGAUUGCUUCCCAAGCAAUAUGGUUGGUUGGAGGAGAGAACAGUGUACAAUUUUUUCCUUUUGGGGGAAAAAAUUGUGCUACUCUAUAGGUGGAUUCAGAUUGCCACUUCCCCCCACUAUGGCAUGUCAUUUGCAGUUGCAAUGUGAACAAAUCCUUAUGGAAAUACAUAGUUCUGAAAAAGUCUAACACAUUCUGCAAGCCAUAUUUUGGAGCCCUUCUGGAUCCACCUUAUGCCAAUGUAUCUUGCAAAUUAUUAGGCCUGUUCACAGUCAUCAAAAUCAGGGUAGGAAGUAUUCUAUCCUGGUUUUCAUGAGUGUUUGAACUCAUUAAAAUCCAUCCACCCCAGGUUGCUCAAAGCAGGGUAGCCCAGCUGUUGUAUCUGCUCUUAACCAAGGUAGGAGGAGAGGAGAACUCUCCUACCUUUAUUUUCUGAUCAUAUGGAUCCAUUUACAUCUUGUAUCCAGUCUUCAGGACCUAUCAUGCCUAGAAAAAAUAGAGCUGUGGUUACAGAGACUGUUGACCAGUGCUCCCUCUAAGGUGUGUGCAUGUGUGCACGCUCACAUGGUUUUUGAUGUUCACUCAGUUAAUUUUAGAUUCUGCUCAAGUUGAAUCAAGAAGUCCAUAUUCUGAACGCACGUGUGUAGACAUUGCCUUGAUACUGCCUCCCAGACCAAAACUCAUUCCAGGAACAGAUGAAAAAAAUUAAAGAGAACACUGCUGUCGACCAUGGAUGUAUACCUGUCAACAUGUCCCUAUUUUCCCAUUCACCAGAAUGGGAAGAUAGAGACAUGUUGGCAGGUAUGUAGUUGGGCCAUUCUGCAAAGCACACUCUAUGAUUCUGUAGCUGCAGCUGCUUCCACAGGGCUGGGUCUGCCUCCUGCUUCUUUGUGUCCAAUCAGUGGGGAGCUGAUGAUAUAAUGAGAUGUUUCGGUCUACUGGCAGUGCAAAGCAUGCUGGCAGGGAAUUUCCAUACUUGCAGCCCCCCAUUUCAACAAUGCUGGCUUAAUCAUGUAUUUCCUGGGUUUGCUGACUUAAACCGGGGUUCCGCUCAUCUACUGCUUCUGGGAUAUGAGCUCUCUAACCCUACAACCCACCCCAAAAUGGUUGUGUGAACAGACCUAUUGUUUGUUUGUUACUGGCAUACAUAAAUCAAAAUUCUUCAUUAUUAGCCUUCUGAUACAUUUUCUCUUUUUAAAAGCUCAUAUAUAUGGAAUAAAAAAGAAUAUUUUUCCAUGUCAUUAAAGAAGGCGAAUGCUGAGAAUUCCCUAAGUUUUUAGCCCCUCCUUUCCCAGCUUUACUGUUCUUUGAUGGAAAAAGAAAAAGAGAUAUUUGCUAAAGCCUCUUGACCUCGCAUAGUAUCCUCCACAGGGGCGGAGCCACCAUUGAACGAACAGGUUCAAAGAACCCAGGCAGCCACCCCUCAGGGGCCGUGCCUUGCACCCCUGACAUGCCCCCCUGUGUCUGAUGUCAGGUGUGGGGGCGUGGCUAACCACUUCUUAUGCCAGGUGCUGAUAUAGGGAGCGCGGCUGGUGGGCUGUGGCGGGGAGAACCUGGGCUGAGAUUAUUUAUGUCUGAACAUAUCCAGACAGGGGUGUUUUUUUAAUGGAAAGGAGCAGCAGGGGUAGGGGAUACUUGACCCUUUCUCUGCUGGCCCUUACACAAGCUGCUUUCCUCCCCAAGAAGGUUCCAGACAUGUAUUUACCCUUGUACAGAUACAACUGGAACCCCAUGGAGAGGAAGCAAGUUGGAGUGAAUUUUGAGCAAGGAAACAGCAGCAGGAAAAGGAUUAAACACCCACCCACAGUGGAGGGGCUAAUCAGAGCAGGGCAGGGCAGGAAAUGAGCUGCAGGUGCAGCUCAUUAUCACUCCCCUUGCCUGCUUUUUGUCUCAUCCUGCAUUUGCUUUAACCCCAGGCAUGCAGGCUGCACAGUCACUACACAUUCACACAGGAACCAGGUGAAUGUGAAGCCCAUGCACAUGGGGUUAAAGCUGUGGUGGAGUGAGGCAAGAAGGAGGGAGGCAGCUGGGUGGGGCAACAACUGGGUGAGGGGAGUGCAGAUCAGCCACAUCUGUGGCUCAUCCCCCCCCCCAAACUAGCCACCACUGCACUUUCUUACACACACACACACACACACACACACACACCACUCCUCCAUACAAAAUUGCAGCCUCCCCGUGCUGCUUUUCAUUUAAAUAAAAAUAAAAAAGGUCAUGGCUUCAUUACAAUCAUUUGUAUGCAACGUGAAUAGUUUAUGCCCUGGAUGUAAUUAGCUGAGAACAGAAUUAAACAGACUUUUCCUAGGUCUGAGGCAUGGUCAAUAAGCUUUUAUUUUUAUAUUCAAAAAGAUAAGAUUAUAUGGAGGAUGAAUUUAAACCUUUAAAAGCAAAUGCUGAAUGCUGAAUCACACUGGGACUUAUCUGAGAUUGAUACAGGGAGUGCUACCCAGUCUGUGUAAGUGCAAUGAAAUCUGGAAUAAGGCUGAUAAAGUGUAUUGUUUCAGUGAGACACCCUUUACUUAUGGAACCACAUAUCUGCAAACCUUUUGCCUCUGUGAGAUUAUGGGAAGGAGUCCAUAUCCCUAAGUACAGCCAGCAGCUACAAAGUAAAGCUCCCAUUCAUUUAAAUGUUAUCUGACAGCUUCUGCAUGCCCUUCCCUUUUUUUCCUGCAAGACCUUGUAUUUGAAGUAAUUUAUUUACAGGAAAUGUUUAAUGAGAUGUAUUUUCUUAUAGAAGAUAUUUCGUACGAAAAGCUUUGUAGCAAACUAUACUUGCAACUUGUUGACUUUGUAAUUUAGAAAGAAAUGUAUUAUAAGAUUAAAUAUAUUAAAGUGCCCCGUUUUCCACA